CAUCCAAACCGCAUAUUAGUUUAUGUUAGUUACAUAGUAACACUUCACUCUUCCCCUCCCCAAACUGCAGCAGCAGCAAAGCAAGCAGCCCAGCUUUUCGUCCCAUCAAGGUCUAACUUACUGCAGCUCAAAACGCGUCGAUAUUCUGAACCAGCCGCUCCUCCAAGAUGGCCAGCAGGGCAAUUCCAUCGCACCUUCGCGCUCCAAACACCGAGUCUCGCUCCGCCGAGGAAAGAAGCUUCGUCAGGCAUCAUGGCAAGUCUCAGUCACACAUGGCCUUCGAGCAUGCCUCCACCAACGUCGCAGCUUCGCAGAUGCGCAACGCCCUCAAUGCCCUCUCGGACACCGUCAAAGACCCCAGUGAAAAGAAGCGUUUCGAGGCUGAGAUGGACAACUUCUUCUCCCUCUUCCGCAGAUUCUUGAACGACAAGGCCAAGGGCAAUGUUCUCUCCUGGGAUCGCAUUGCCCCGCCUCAGCCAAACCAGGUUGUCGAGUACAGCGAGCUCAGCAACUCCGCUUCGGUCGACUACCUCAAGAAACUGGCCGUCAUCAAGUUGAAUGGUGGCCUCGGUACUUCCAUGGGAUGCGUUGGUCCAAAGUCCGUCAUUGAAGUGAGAGAAGGCAUGUCCUUCCUCGACCUCUCCGUCAGGCAGAUCGAGUACCUCAACCGUACUUACAACGUCAACGUUCCUCUCGUCCUGAUGAACUCCUUCAAUACCGACGACGACACCCAGUCAAUCAUCAAGAAAUACGAGGGUCACAACAUCGAUAUCAUCACAUUCAAUCAAUCACGCUACCCGCGUGUCCUCAAGGACUCUCUUCUCCCAGCACCCAAGGACUACUCCUCUCCGAUCACGGAUUGGUAUCCCCCCGGCCACGGAGACGUCUUUGAGUCUCUCUACAACUCUGGAACCCUUGACAAGUUGAUCGAGCGUGGUGUCGAGAUUGUCUUCUUGUCCAAUGCCGACAACCUCGGAGCAGUCGUCGAUAUGCGCAUUUUGGAGCACAUGGUGACGAAUAACUCUGAAUACAUUAUGGAACUGACCGACAAGACCAAGGCAGAUGUCAAGGGUGGCACCAUCAUCGACUACGAGGGCAAGGCUCGCCUACUUGAAAUCGCCCAGGUUCCCAAGGAGCAUGUGAACGAGUUCAAGUCGAUUAAGAAAUUCAAGUACUUUAAUACCAAUAAUAUCUGGCUGAACCUCCGCGCCAUCAAACGCGUGGUGGAGGAGAGUGCUCUUGAAAUGGAGAUCAUUCCAAACGAAAAGUCUAUCCCUGCAGACAAGAAGGGAGAAGCAGAUAUUUCCAUCAUCCAGCUGGAGACUGCUGUCGGUGCGGCAAUCCGUUUCUUCAAGGGUGCUCAUGGUGUGAACGUCCCUCGUCGCCGUUUCUUGCCAGUGAAGACUUGCUCCGAUCUCAUGCUGGUCAAGUCUGACCUGUAUACACUUCAGCAUGGCCAGCUGGUCAUUGACCCUAACCGAUUCGGCGGUGCCCCACUCAUCAAGUUGGGCACCGACUUCAAGAAAGUUUCAGAUUUCCAGAAGCGCAUCCCGAGUAUUCCUCGCAUCCUGGAACUUGACCAUCUUACUAUCAGUGGAGCCGUCAACCUGGGACGCGGCGUUACGCUCAAGGGUACGGUCAUUAUUGUAGCUACGGAGGGAAGCACGAUCGAUAUCCCACCAGGGUCGAUUCUCGAGAAUGUUGUCGUGCAGGGAAGUUUGCGCAUCCUGGAGCACUAGUUCAUAUGUGUGAUGUCAUUCCUGGAAGCGUUUUUGCCUUCUUUUUGUAGCAGGACGUUAGACAUGCAUGUCUUUCUGCUGGCGUUUUAUUUUGCACCAAACUAUUCCCGAGCGUGAAACUUGCUGUAUCGACUUUUUAAUACUGUAUGGCUUAAGGAGGAUUUGAGGAAUUUUUCUUUUUGUUUUCUGAUUACCAUGUUAUUCCAAUGCAUAAUGGAACAAGCUCUACGAAGGGCUUAGAUUCUGAAAAGCAACUAUGGAGGGUUUGCCAACGUCAUAAUCCCGUUCUGCGUCCAAGUCGUUUCCAUAACAUGAACAUACUCGCCACGCUCCUGACGACAUAGUGUGUUGAUAAGGCUGACAUGGCCAGGGUAAAUUUGGAGUUGAUCAUGCCGAUCGUUUUGGAGGUCUGUUUGCCAGGGUAUGGCCAGGGGAGGCUCUGAUAAACCAGCCGGGAUCCGGAGGCUGGAGGGUUGGCUUUCCGGUUGGAGAACGCCUUUGAAAGCCGAUGUCCCUGUCGCGGGAUCCAUGAAUAUUCCCUAACUACAAAUCAGGGAGUACGGAGUACCUCUCUCCCUUUUUCCACCCCACGCGGCAGGAUAUCUGGUUCUUUUCCUGAUCUGAUAAACGUAGGAAAGAUGACAGAAAAGAUAGAGAGAAUACGAGCUUGGGAGGAUCGUCGAGGCAUCCAUAUCAUAUCUUUUCUGUCUCCCUGCUUCUUCGGCUUUUGCCUUCUCUUCUUCCUUUUUUUUUUUUUUUUUUUUUUCUUUUUCUUUCUUUCUUUCUUUCUUUCUUUGUUUGUUCUGACGUGAUGUGGAUCUGCUCAGAGCUUUCCGAUUCCUGCCUAGGGAGCGCACAGUGCUCCGCAUAUCUGUACUACAUAUUACAAGUU